UCAGGAAAUGGCCAUCAGCUCCCCCAAAUGUCUGGACUGGAAAAAAUUACUCUCAGAACUAAAAAUAAUUCAACCGAAAAAACAGAAUCACAGAUUCAAUCAUGAAUGAUUCGAUUUGAAGCUGGAGGUGACUGAAAAUGGCCGCUACUGCUAUUCUCGCCCUUCACUUUUCCUUCCCUUCCUCACUCUCUUUCACCACCAAAACCAAACUCUUCUCCCCGGGGUUUAGUUCAGCUCGUCCUGGAAGUGGGUUUGCUCCAGUGGCUUGUUCUCAUGCUGCUAUUUCAAGAAAAGGGCAAGGUUCAUAUGAUCCUGAGCUUCGCUUGGUGCUUGAACUGGCCACUGAUUCUGAGUUAUAUGAGCUUGAAAGAAUUCUUUUUGGCCCCAGCUACUUCAGUCCUCUGCUAAAGUCAUUGACUAAUGGUGCUGAUGUGGACCAUGUUAUGAUCGAAGAAGACCUUGAAGAGAGAGAGGGUUUCAUUGCAGCUCUUGAGUCACGAUUUUUAUUUCUUGCUGCUGAUGCACGGUCAACCUUAAGGGGUUGGAGACCUUCGUAUAGAAAUGUCUUGCUUGCAGUGAGGAAAGAGUUAAACAUUCCUUGCUCAAGCAAAUUGUCAACUGAAGACCUAGAAGUUGAAAUUUUUCUUCAUCUUUUGCAAGAAUAUGCUAGUGAAGAGUCUGGAGUUUUUCCGGGCUUAUGGGAAAAUUCUAAGGCUUCUGAUAUCCAGAAUACUUUAGAGCUUGGACUCAGUCAUUGGAAGGUGCAAGGCCUUGCUUUUAUGAAGGUUGGGGCAGCCGAGCUAAAGUCAAUGAUCUUAAAGGGUGGUGGUAUGUAUACUUUGGUGAAAGUUUAUGAAAUGUUAGCAAGGAGAUUAUCUGGGAAGGUGUUCUUAGAGGCAGCCAACUAUCUGAUAAAGAAGGAAGUUCUCAAGAAGGGUGGACAAUUAGCUGCUAUUAAUUUGGAGUCUAGAGCAGCUUUGCUUGCAGCAAAGCAGGGCUUAGCUGGUGCUGCAACAAAAUAUUUGGGUUUUAGGAGUAUGGUGGCAUUUCUUGGCCCAAUAAUGUGGGGAACAUUUCUGGCCGAUGUCGUCAUUCAAAUGCUCGGAACUGAUUAUGCUAGAGUGUUGCGAGCAAUUUAUGCAUUCGCUCAGAUCCGUAUUACGCGAACAUAUCGGUUGCCGUUGGACAACUAGUAAGGAAUCUUGACAGCAUCUCUGAUGACGGUUGCAUUUUGAAACUUCCUCUUGUAGAGUCAGCAUUUUCCUGUUGGCAGCUGAGCUGCAUGACAUUGGAGGCAAAUGUUAGAUUUGCCAUAUCAUUUUUGCAGUAUGACAAAAUUGUAGCUUCAUGAAUAUAUGCCAUGUAUUCUAAUUAUUUACCUCUGUAAAUUAAUUCUGAAAUUGGAGUGCCUAACAUGUUAGUCGAAUCCCGAAUUAUAUUGUAUAUUAAAGACUGAAAUUUUUGUGUUGUGUAUCA